AUGAAGUUAAAACCAAAGUUGGAUAAAGAGAUUGAAAGAAAUGCUGAGGACUUGAUUAAACAUGAAAAGCUUGUUAGCUUCAAUGAAGAAAGAAUCAAAAAACUUCAUGAAGUUGAUCUGAGGAAUGUGCAAAAUGAUAAGGAUCUUGUUGAUUUAUGUGUUGACACCUUGCAAGAAAUCAUUGGAUUUAACAAAACAUUAAAAAGUGAGGAUGAACGUGAUGAUGUUGAGCAGGAGGAGGAGGAAGGUGAGAAAGGUGGCAAAGGUGGUGAUGAGGAGGAGGAAGGUGAGAAAGGUAAUAAAAGUGGCAAAGGUGGUGAUGUGGAUGAUAGUGAUGAUGAUGAGGAGGAGGAAGGUGAGAAAGGUAAGGAAGGUGGAAAAGGUGGUGGUGAUCUGGAUGAUAGUGAUGAUGAUGAGGAGGAGGAGGGUGCAAAGGGUAGCAAAGGUGGUGACGAGGAGGAUAGAACUGAAUCCGAAAAGAAUGAAGUUCCAUCUGAAACUCCUAAAAAUCUGAGCACUCCUUCAUCAAAGACCAAUGAGGGAAAUGAAUUAAAGGAUAUGGAGGAUGAAAGUGAAUAUGACAAAGGAGUUGAGUCUGAAGCUGCUAACAAGUCGAGUAGGCCUCUGUCAAAGUCAAAUGAAGAAGAGGAUGGCAAGGAUGGAACAAGCCUAGGAUUUGAGUCUGAAACUGCUAACAAGCCGAGCACUUCUCUGCCAAAGACAAAUGAAAUCGCUGAAGAUCAACAAGACCAGAUGGACCUUGAUAACCAGGAUGUGAUGGAUACCACUCAAACUGCUGAAAUUGAUGAAGCUUUGAUAAUAACAUCUCAAGCCAUAUCUCAGCUGGACCCUAAAGGCAUGUUGUCGGUUGAAGAAGAUGUCCUUUUACUCACACACAGAGAAGAUCCAGAGAAGAAGCGUUAUACAUCAAUUGAUGACCUUCUAGAUAACUUGUAUGAAACUGUGUUUGUAAAUCUUGAAAAAAAUUGUUACAGAACGGCACCAUCUGAAGUGAAGGAAAAGAUGGCAACCCUGAUCGACGAUUGUCCAAGCUUUUCAUUACUGAGCCAAGAAGAUCCAAAAGAAGAGUCGUCGCAAAAAUCAUUAUCCAAUGAAGAUGUACGAGAAAGGAUCGUUGUUGAAGUAGUGCAGUUCAUCCAACAAAAUCCUAGUGAAUUUUUUAGCAGUCAAGAGGUAGAAGAAGAGAAGACGACACCAGUGAGGACAAGAUCAGGGAAGAUGAAGGAAGCAGAGAUGUUGAAGACAAAAGCGGCUGGAAAGUUGUCCAAGACACCGCAAAAUAGAGUUGCAAAGAAAAAGCUUGAUCCAGAGUUCACUGCCGAAGGUAAAACCGGACCACUAAAGAUAAAAGAGGGACAAAAACCAGGUUAUCCUGCGUCACUAAAGAGAAAGGCAGAGGAGUAUCGUCAUGCUCUUCAAUUGCCAGAUAUUCGUCAAUCUCCGCUAUACCAUGCAAUGGAACCGGGAGACGCCAAAUGA